UACAUUAAGACCAAUAAGCAAGGUUUUUUUGUACUAAAUUGUUACGAUAUUGCCAAUUUUUACUUUGUGGCUAUAGUAACUAGCUUGUGGAAACUGCUGUGCGGUACGGUUACCCUAUCACAGAAUCUAUGCGGUAGUUGACUUCAGUGUUUUCCUUGCAGAAUCCUGAUAUUUAUGAGUUGUCAUGGCUGCUACUACUUCAGCCACGGUUACAGAACCUCCUGGAUUAGAGAUUCAACGCAAAGAAAUCGAGUCUCUGCUUCAGGAACAUGAACUCCGUGCAGGGGAUACUUGGUACCUGGUGGAGAGGCGAUGGUAUGAGCAGUGGAAGGAGUAUGUGGAGACAGGAGACCAGAACUCCUCUUCUUUCCCUGGACAGAUCGACAACACAGAGCUGUUUGAGGAACUGGAUUCCUACCAUCUGAAGGAGCGUCUGGUGGAGAAUGAGGACUUUGUGUUGAUCCCUGCCGACGCAUGGCACAAUCUGCUGGCCUGGUAUGGCAUGGUCGAUGAUCAGCCUGCCCUGGAGCGGAAGGUGGUGGAUCUACCCAGCACAGUCAAGGUUGAGGUCUAUCCUGUGGAAAUCUUCCUGUGUCUCCAUAGCAACAUGGAAAAUGUUGUGACGGCACAGUUUAGCCGUGCAGAUCACAUCCAUACAAUUCAGAAGGUGAUGAUGAAGCAGUUUGAGGUGGUCGAGGGAACAGAGACCCGGCUGUGGAUGAAGAGCUCAGACACCUGCUGUGAGAGGCUGCGGAACGUUCACGUCAGUGUCCUCGACUCCUGCCUCAGCUCUGGCAUGACGAUGAUCAUGGAGAUGAGGAAUGCAGAUGGUACCUGGCCCAGCUCCAGACCGCAGAUCAUUAGGAACUCUGUGGAGGAACAGGACUUUUACCGGGGCCAGCCAGGAGUCUGUGGCCUCACCAACCUAGGAAACACAUGUUUCAUGAACUCGGCACUGCAGUGUCUCAGUAACACCCCUCCACUGACUGAGUAUUUCCUGCGGAGUGCCUAUCUGGAGGAGCUCAACUUCACCAACCCUCUGGGCAUGAAGGGGGAGAUAGCAGAGGCCUACGCUGAUGUUAUCAAACAGAUGUGGUCGGGGAGGCACUACUCUGUAGUUCCCCGGAUCUUCAAGACCAAGGUUGGCCACUUUGCCUCCCAGUUUCUGGGCUACCAGCAGCAUGACUCCCAGGAACUGCUCUCCUUCCUGCUGGACGGGCUUCAUGAGGAUCUCAACCGGGUAAAGAACAAGGAGUACAUUGAGCUGAGGGACGCCGAUGGCAGGCCUGACCAGGAAGUGGCAGAGGAAGCGUGGCAUAACCACCGGCGACGUAACAACUCCGUGAUUGUUGACACCUUCCACGGGUUGUUCAAGUCCACCCUGGUUUGCCCCGAGUGCCGCAAAGUGUCGGUCACCUUUGACCCCUUCUGCUACCUCAGCGUGCCCCUUCCUGUUAGCAAGGACCGGGUGAUGGAGGUCUUCUUCGUCUCUCUGGACCCUGUGGCCAAACCUGUUCAGCAUCGCUUGGUUGUACCCAAAGCUGGCAAAGUAUUUGACCUGUGCUCCGCUCUCUCGGAAAUGACCAACGUCCCAGUCAAUCAAAUGGUUGUGGCUGAUGUGUUCAACCACCGCUUCUAUAAGAUCUACCAUGCUGAUGAGUCUCUAAGCUGCAUCCUGGACCGGGAUGACAUAUUUGUGUAUGAGCUGAGCAGAGGCUCUGUGGAGGAGGAGGGGGAUGAGGUGGUGCUGGCUCUGUACCUGAGGGAGCGUUCCCACUACAGGGACUAUGGCUCAGGGAGCAGCAGCUGCGGGACGUCCCUGUUCGGACACCCACUGCUCAUGGCUGUGCCUCGAGGCCAGUGCAGCCGCAACGCCCUCUAUCACCUCUUCCUGCAGCGGCUAGCACGGUAUGUCCGGCCACCAGAUCCCUCAGAGGAGGAGGAGGGUGAAGAUGACGAGGAACUUUACAAGACCCAGACCAAUGGUGUCAGCGAUGAUGACGGUGAGGAUGACUGUGAGAGGCCGGCACCCUUUAAGAGAGAUGACCGUUGUGAUGGUGGCCAAUGGGAUGACCAAGCGGACGGCCCUGCUGUGACCCAGACUCAGCCAGAGCAGACACAAACCCAGGAGUCUGGAGAACAGGCUCAGGCUGAGGAGGGGGCCAGUAGUGAAGUAAGGGCAGGGUGCAGCACAGAGGACAGUGCCUCGGCAUCCUGCAGUGCUGGAGCCAGUGCUGGAGCCAGUGCUGGAGCCAGUGCUGGAGCCAGUGCUGGAGCCAGUGCUGGAGCCAGUGCUGGAGCCAGUGCUGGAGCCAGUGCUGGAGCCAGUGCUGGAGCCAGUGCUGGAGCCAGUGCUGAAGCCAGUGCUGGAGCCAGUGCUACAGUUCCAACAGAUCGCCAGCAGGAUGCAGGCCUUCAGCAGCAGCAGCCGUGUGAGACUGAGGAGGAGGAGGAGGAGGAGGAGAAGGGUGAGUGCCCCCCCAGCCCCCCGCAGACCAACGAGAGGCAGGCCAAGAGGAAGGGCUGCCAGGCCAGACGCAGGAAGCUGCUCUUCUCCAUCCAGGCGGUCAACUCCAAUGGCACUACGGAGAGAUGCAUGGGAGAGGACGGCAGUGCCUUCUCUUUUAGCUCUCAACCAUAUGUGGCCAUUGACUGGGAUCCUGACAUAAAGAAGAAAUGCUACAACGAGAAUGAGGCAGAGAAGUAUGUAAAACACCAAAGCAUGGAGGUCCCUCACCAGCAGACCACAGUGCAGCUGCAGGAGUGUAUUGAGCUCUUCACCACUGUGGAGAUCCUGGAGGAAGAAAACCCCUGGUACUGCCCAAUAUGUAAGAAACACCAACUGGCCACUAAGAAACUGGACCUGUGGUCACUGCCUGAGGUUCUCAUCAUCCACCUGAAACGCUUCUCCUACACCAAGUACUCCAGGGAGAAGCUGGAUAUCAUUGUUGACUUUCCUCUCAGACACCUCGACUUCUCAGGUUGUCUGCUGAGGAAGACCGGUACAAACGGAGAGCCACCCAGCCGAUAUGAUCUGAUAGCAGUUUCCAACCACUACGGCGGACUCCGAGACGGACAUUACACCAGCUAUGCCCGGAACAAAGACAAUGGACAAUGGUAUUACUUCGAUGACAGCAAGGUGGCAUAUGCAAGGGAGGAACAAAUUGUGACUAAUGCUGCCUACCUCCUGUUCUACCACCGACAAGACAAGAUUCGUCAGCCCACCUUACCCGCCCCCUCGGACAGCUCCUCCUCUCCCGCCCAGCCUGCUAAUGAUGUCACUUCCCUCAAACACGAUGGGAUGGAGAGAGCCACUUCCUAUGUCAACAUGGAAACAGACUGAAGCAGAUUUUAUUUUUGUAUCUUUUUUCUUUUGGAGUUGAUGAGGCUUUGUUUUUUUUUGUUUUUUUCUAUUCCAAAAAAACUUGAACCUUCUGCCUCUCCCCAGCUUUGAACAAGGUGUGAGAAGCAGAGGCUAGAUUCUCAGGCUGGUGCAGAAGUGUGAGGAAUGCAAUUUAUGCUUCUUUUAAAACAUUUAUGAUCUAGUAAAACUGUAGUAGAACAACGUUGAAUGAUGAUUUCUGGUAUUGCUUAAUCACAGACUAAGGUAUGUAGUGUGUGUCUAUGCUGAUGCCAAAUUUACCUCUUAGUGAUUGGACAUAGGCAAUUUAAUAAUUUAGCUGGUUCAAUCAAGACCUAUGAAUUGUGAAUACCUGUGCACCACUAUUCAUCUCUGCUAUGAUGCAUUGCUGCAAACAUUACCUCUAACUUUGAUCCACUGCUGUGCUUUUCAACUGAGCUCAAAUCGAGGAAGAUUUCCUUGAGGCUCUUUGAAUAGAAUUGAACACAUUUUGCUCUAGAAGGUAAAUCACAACGUCUGAGGUUAACGGCACAGAUAACUCGAUUUCAGUUAACUCCUGAUUUAAAAAUUAGAUUACAUUCCCCUGUUACUCAAUGUUCUUAUAUCAGGGACUGCAUUAACAGAAAGCGAAACAUUGCAAUAUGAUUUAUAUACACUACAUGGCCAAAAGUAUGUCAUUCCAAAAUCAUGGGCAUUAAUAUGAAGUUGGUCCCCCCUUUGCUGUUUUAACAGCCUCCACUCUUCUGGGAAGGCGUUCCACUAGAUGUUGGAACGUUGCUGUGGGUACUUGCUUCCAUUAAGCCACUAGAGCAUUAGUGACGACGGGCACUGAUGUUAUGCGAUUAGGCCUGGCUGGCAGUCGGCAUUCCAAUUCAUCACAAAGGUGUCCGAUAGGGUUGAGGUCAGGGCUCUG